GGUUAUAAAGGUGUCAGAGUUAAACCACCACAGUGUCAUUUAUCUGUUAACAUGUAUACUUUGACUGGACAUAAAUGCCUGGAACUUGCUUUUGCGAUGUCACUUCUCUGUUGGGCAGACUGCUCUCCAAAGGAUGAUUUAGCUCCCCUUGAUUUGCAGUUCCAUUCUUUGGACUUCAGAAAUGUCUUACACUGGAAUCAUCCAAACAAAGUUGUCAAGAACCUGACAUAUUUUGUCCAGCAUAAAAUAUAUGGAGACAAGGAGUGGACUAACUCUGAACACUGUCAGGGCAUCCGGUUGCUGGAGUGUGACCUGAGCCAGGAAACGUCAGAUCCCAGGGAAUGGUACUAUGCCAGGGUCCGUUCCUUGUCCUCUGAGGGCUUCUCAUCAUGGGUCCUUAGCCACAGGUUUUACCCUCAGUGGGAAACUAAUUACAGCCCACCACAGAUAAAGGUGACCGUGACAGGACGGAUCAUUUCAGUCCAGAUCAGACCUCCGAGAACACCACUGCAAGGAAAGAAGGGCUCUAGGAUACGAGUGACAAAACUGCAGAAACUCACAUUUAGAAUAUACCUAAUUCACAAUGAGGUAGAAGAGGAAGUUUAUGAAAUAGACAGUUGCUCCAAGGAGCUUGUGAUCGAGGGAUUACGUCCGAAAACCACCUACUGCCUUCAGGCUGUGUCCGUUACCCCUCGCUCAGGUCACAAAAGCUUACGGAGUCCCAGCACCUGCAUCAGCACUCACUGAAGGCUUAGUGUCUCCCACAGGGUGAAGCUGCCUCUGGACCUUUGUUCAACGUGAAAAUUACACACAUACACACUACAUAGGGAAUGUCUGUAAUUUUUCACCAAGGUCAUGUUUACUAUAAGACUAUGACAGGCUUUGCCUUUAGGUUACAUUAAAGCUGAAGUGUGUAAUUUCUGCACCACUAGCACCAUCACCAUCAGCAAAAUAAUGACUGUUUACACACAGGUUUCCUGUACACUCAUCUUUCAUUGGGUGGACAAAGAAAAAGUGCCGCCCUAAAAACACACCACUGGUUUGAGCUAACAGCAGUGGAAAGUAUUUACACUUUUUUUUCUCUCAGGGAAAUCAACAAAUGGCUUACUUGAAGAUAUUUAGUAUUAAGUUUUUUUUUAUUUUUAUUAUUAUUAAAAUAUAAACAUACUUCAGCUUUAAGGCUAAUGACUGUUAAAAUUAAAACAUGAACUAUUGUCACUUUUAGGGCUGAC